CACGAUCCUAACCUGGCUGACGGGUACGUUUCACUCUUGGGUGGGGCUGGAGCUUUUAUAUUAUAUCCUCACAUCACCCACUGUCACUGCGCAAAGACGCAUAAGACAUUGAGCGGACAGAUUUCGGCUCCUUUGCUCGCCUUUCCUCUCCGUGUACACCGCUCAACGCUCGCUGAUCGUCGGUCAUGUUUCGCUGUGGGAUCGCCUACCCUCGAUGCAGGUUUAUCAUUCCCCUGCUUCUGCUCUUCGCCAUUAUUUUUGACCUUAUCGCCAUCUGCGCACAAUCGGGAUGGGUAGAGGACGAGGACGCCAAGUCUCACUACGCCAGUAUGUGGAAGCAGUGCCGCGGCUUAAAAGACAACUGGCAGUGCCAGUCGCUCAUGGACUUCUCUUGGGCCCAGGCAGUCGCUGCUCUAAUGAUCAUUGGUCUAAUCAUCCUCAUCAUCGCCUUCAUUUUGGCCAUUGUGGCGAUGUGUAACAUCAACAUUGGUCUUAUGGUUGCUGUUGCAGCAUUCUUGAUCGUUGUUGCAAUUAUCCAAAUCAUUGCUCUGAUCAUCUACCCAGUCAAAUUCAAUGAGCUGAUCUUUGAGGGUAACUAUUACUACACCUGGGCCUACGGAUUUGGCUGGGGCGCCACCAUCAUCUCUAUCGGCUGCGCCAUCCUCUUCUGCUGCCUGCCGAGAUAUGAGGAUGAACUCAGCGGCCAGGCAAAGAUCAAAUACCUCUAUACUUCUGAGUAAGGAAAAAACCUGGGGACCCACCCAGUCAUAGCCAUUUCCACUUUUCGCUCUGAGCUGCAUCUGGACUGGCCACUGAACAUUUUUACACUGUGCCGUUUCACCAAAGAUUUCCAAUGGCUUAUUCAGUUUAAUAUGGUCCAGCAAUGGGAAAACCACUCUUCUACUAUCUGUGAGUGAAGUUAUAGGCAAGAAGUAAUUCCUACUGGGAGUGGACUGCAAUUGGGAACUGCAUCUACUUUAGUACACAGAUCUCUAUUUUCAAUUUAUUAAGAAAGAAAUAAUAAUCAUGAUGUUAUUUUUUUGUUUUUGUCACAUAAAACACACUUAUCAAUUUACCUGUACUUUUAUAACUGUAACUCUCUAACACAGUCUCACAUCACUUUGUGAAAUAGUUGCAAACGUCAAUCAAAGGACCAAGAAACAGACAAACAUUAAUUUUACACUUCAUUUUGAUUUUUGAUUUGAUAUUUUUUAUAAUUCUAUAUGUUUGGUUACACAAGUUCCUGGUUAUAUUUAGGAAAACUGUAUCGCUUGGGUUAACCUACUAUAUUUACUACAUGUUUUUAUGUGUCCCUAAAAGGAUGGUAUAGAAAAGUUAAAUAAAUAAAAAAUAAAAUAAUGACCAUAUAGUCAACUAAAUAGCUCACAUUUUGUGAAUAUUUCACAAAUGGACCACGAGACUGUGCUUUAUUGUCAAUGCAAGAUCACCUAAGUGCACUCAAGUUAAAGGAGGUUAGGUAUAAAGCUUUUUUUUUUUUUGCCUGAUUUGUCUGUAUCUCCUUGAUAAGCAAUCCAGAGUCAAAUAUUUUGCACAGGAUAUCAAAUCAUUCAGUAUCAUUUCUUGGAUUUGUCCUGUGUGCCAUCAUUAGUUUUUCUGUGUCUUUUGUUCUGUAUGUUGCUGUGUAUAGAUGAUAAGAAGGAGACUUUGCUUCUGGAAUGUAAUCAAGUUAUACAGAAAAUGUCUGUGUGGUUCAACUUUCCUGUUUGUAACUUUUUGUACAUUUUCUUAUUCAUUUGCUGUUUGUCUUCAUAGUUCUGUUCUAAAUUUCCAUAUUACCAAAGGGAUAUAACUGGGGGAGUUCACUGUGCUGUUUUGUCUGGAUGUGUUAUUAAGUAGAGCGAUUGAAGGUAAGAGUAAAAAUGUUUUAAAAAAUAUGCAGGAAGGGAGUAAUAUUCUGAGAAACGGCUCAUAAUUUCCCCUUAAGUCACAAAAAACCUAUUUAUAACACAAACCUUCUAUUAUGCGUCUAAUAACUUAAUUAAAUCACGGCCUAAAUUGCGAUCAGAUUUGGCGAACAACAGUGUAGGAAACACUGACACAGUUGUGAAGUGAAGCAAUUUCUGCUUCACUUUGGAAAAAUGUGUUUUGUUUCUUGUAAUUUUUAUUACAAACAAUGUCAGAGACAAUCUUCACCUGAUUUUAGGAACUUAAUCUUUAAAUUCUUUGAGAUUUUUCUUAGCCUCACUUCUCACCUCUCCACCUCUGUCGGCCAAAAACACCUUCAGUACCCCAUCGUGAAUAAGGCUAAUGAUACACUCGAGUAGGGCGGCAGUUUGAUGAUUGCUGUGAUCCCAGAAAAGUUGUUUUCUUGUUUUCUGGUUUCCAGUGCAUGUUGCUUCUCUGCGUGCCGCUCUAAACUGGAAGACAAUAUAAAGAAAUUUCCACUGAACACAAUGAUUAAUUUAACAUAAACAACAAAAAAGAACAACUCGUAUCCAGAUUUAUUUUUACCUUUAUCGAACUUGAUAACAACUGAUAUCCCCGUCCAUAUCAUAGUUAUUUUAGAACAUCUAAAUGUGGUAACAUUUUUGUUUUAGGUGGUCAAAAUCUUUGUUUAAAGGGACUCGCAAUGAACUCAGUAGGUUUACUGUGUUCACACCAAACGUGUUUUUUCUAAAGGCCGCCAAAAGUUCUCAUGAUGCCACUUUGGCCGACAUUUUCUUGUUUGAUAAGACACAGAAACAAUGUUGUACAAUCAUCUGACUUACUGUGUGGACAACUUGUGCCUUAGCUUCUUCAGUGUUGUGUUUCUGAAUCCUUGAAUGUUCGAUCCAACUGGUAAGUCAGGUUUUACUGACUUAUGACAAGUCUGUUCGUGUUGAGACAAAUUUCAUGCCCAAGCAAGAUGAAGUUUUUCUAAUCAAUUAAAGAAAGAGUUCCAAAGAAGUAGUUAUUAGUAAUUGAUUCUCGAUUAUUGGCCACAACCCAGUUGAAGCGUUUCGCAUUAAAUGUAGAUUGUAUAAAGUUGUUGCUAAAUAACAACCGUUAUUUUAUACCUUUUAAUGAGGGCAGGUUUACUCUUCCUAACUCUAUUGCAACAAAGACAUGUUUUUGCUCAAGGCAUGGAUCUCUGUUUUUUCUUGUUUUUUUCUUUUUAGUUCCAGCUUUAUAUAUCAUUAGUAACUGUAUGGAUCUAUAGGGACUGUCUCACUGGAAAUCUAGCUGGUUUUCUGCUGUAGUUUGAAUAAUUUUGGUAGCGUGUGUAUUUUUAUGCAAUAAAGAGUUUUUUUGGAAAGA